CUUUGACAGUUCGCCUCUACUCGGUGUGUGCCUGUGUGUGUGUGCUUCUCACUCGCUUGCUCGUUCGCCUUGUUCGUGUGUGUGCGUGUACCAAACAAUGUGCGGGUGCAUGUUCGCUUUUGACGUUUCUACCCAAAAAAAAAAGAAAAACACACGCUAUACACAAUUCGACUCGGUUCAAAACAAUCAACAUCGUUCGCAUUGUGUGUGGCAAGUUUAACAAGAUGACUUAUGUGUGUGUGUAUGUGUGGAGAAUUCACCAUAGAAAACCUUCUGCGAAGGGAAUAUACGACGGGAGUUUUUUGUGUGUAACUGGCAGACGACAAGUGGAGAAUUGCAAUGACUUUUCAUACUGUCUAUCGAUAACUCCUCCAAUUCACUGACACACUCAAUUCAAUCUCAGAGCAAUGAUUUUUGCUGUUGCUGUUAUUGCCUCUGUCAAUUUGUAGGCAAUAUUUUCAACAGAGAAAAUAUUCCAUACAAAUUUCCAAAAAUAUUUCACUAUUUCUCCACAUCUGCUUGCGUUCUUUUCAUUGAAUUUCAUUUUAUCUCAUACAAAACUUGAUGAUUUGCAAAAAAAAGAAAACGGAUUGCAAUUGAUUGUGUGUUUUCAACACCGGUUUCUCCCAUACGUAUCAUGCCACACUGCGUUACCGAUCUCAACUCAACGAAACGCAAUAAACAACAGCAACAACAAAUCGACGACGACGAAGAAAAAGAAGAAGAAGAAGUAUCGGCUAUGUCAGCGCGGCAGCACCAGCACCCAUCAUUGCCGAUGACAUUUGGCUUCGAUAUUUUCGGAGCAAUAAACACACAAAACGGACUCUUCACACUAAAACCCACAAAAUAUUGCAUAUAACCUCGGAAAUUCCAGCAGUGUGUUGUGUUUGUUUUGUUUCUUUUUUUAUUAAUUGGCACGAUUUGAAUUUCCAUCAAAAUAUUUUUCAAGCGUAUGUGUAGUUGUCGGGGCAUUUUCAUUGAAAAUCUAUAGUUAAUUCUAGUUUAUAAACGAAACUUAUUGACGAAUUAGAAGAAUAAAAAAAAGCAGCAGAAGAGAAAAACAAUUAAAAUAAUUCAAACGGCAAACAACGAUGGCUCAAAAUAAAACGGAAAUUUUAGCGGUGCUACAACUAUUGCGAAAGUAUAAUUACAAGAGUGCGGAGGAGCAAUUGAAGAAAGAGGCAAACCUCACCGAUAUUCCGGACAAUGUGCCGGUCGACUCAGAUGUGAGCAGUGUUUUAGCUGCAUACAAAAGUGAAGGCGAUCCAGAUCUGUAUGAAUAUGCCUAUUUGGAACUGAGGCGAUUCGUCGACGAAUCAUUGGAUAUUUAUAAACAUGAAUUGGCGAUGAUAUUGUAUCCGGUGUUUGUUCACAUGUACCUUGAACUGGUCUACAAUGACCACGAAGAGCAGGCAAAAAAAUUGAUUGAGAAAUUUGGCGCCGAACAAGAGCAUUACUAUCAUGAAGAUAUCACACGAUUGGCCACCGUUACAAAACGUGAUCAGAUGAGUGGCAACGAUUUGGCCGAAACGUUUAAAUCCAAUGAGUUUAUCAUUCGCAUUUCACGUGACACAUUAUCGCUGCUGAAACGGCAUUUGCAGGAGAAAAAGCAAUCGGUGAUCAUGAACAUUGUGAAUGAGCAUUUGUAUUUUGAUUUGUAUGAAGGUGUUGCUCGGAAUAAGGCACAAUGUGAAGCGACGGCCGGUGCAAUGACUGGUGAGGCGAAGCGACAGGAUAACAAAGUGAAAGUUUACUAUGGCCUGUUGAAAGAGCCCGAUAUGCAAACGCUGGCCCAGCCCCAAGAGGAAGAUGACGAUCUGGAUCCCGAUGCGCCGGACAAGCCAAAGAAGAAAAAAUCCAAAAAAGAUCCAUUAUUUUCGAAAAAAUCCAAAUCCGAUCCAAAUGCACCGCCAAUCGAUCGAAUGCCAUUGCCCGAAUUACGUGACAUUGACAAACAGGAAAAGGUGCGAUCGAUGCGUGAGGCCAUGAAACGGGUUCCGCUUGGACCGGACAGUUUGCCGUCCGUAUGCUUUUACACCAUUUUAAAUUCAUCGAAUAGCGUAACAUGUGCGGAAAUCUGUGAUGACACCAGUUUGAUUGCAAUCGGUUUUGCCGAUUCAAUGCUGCGCGUUUGGUCGCUGACACCGGGCAAACUACGCGAAAUGAAACCGGCCGAUCAAUUGAAGGAAGUUGAUAAAGAUGCGGACGAUGUGCUGGUUCGAAUGAUGGACGAUCGAACAGCUGAAUCGAGUCGAACGUUGCUUGGUCACAAUGGUCCCGUGUAUCGUGCUGCCUUCUCGAAUGAUCGAACAAUGCUACUAUCCUGCUCCGAAGAUACAACCAUUCGUUUGUGGUCACUGCAAACAUGGACGUGUUUGGUGGUGUACAAGGGUCAUUUGAAUCCAGUGUGGGAUGUUCGAUUUUCACCGCAUGGCCAUUACUUUGCCACGGCAUCACAUGAUAAAACGGCACGUUUAUGGUCAACCGAUUCACAUCAACCGUUGCGAGUGUUCUUGGGCCAUUUAUCCGAUGUGGAUUGUGUUUUAUUCCAUCCAAAUUCCAAUUACAUUGCAACCGGUUCAUCGGAUCGAACGGUACGGCUGUGGGAUUGUGUAUCCGGGAAUUUUGUUCGUUUGAUGACUGGCCAUAAAGCGGCCAUUUAUGCGAUGGCAUUCAGUAUGUGCGGCCGAUUUUUGGCCACCGGUUCAGCUGAUUGUCGAUGCCUAAUUUGGGAUUUGGCAUACGGUCAUUUAAUCGCUGCAUUCACCGGACACACGAGUACCGUACACACACUGUGCUUUAGUCGUGAUGGCACGAUAUUAGCCACUGGAUCGCUCGACUGUACACUUCGGCUAUGGGAUUUUACCAAACUGUGCGAAGACAUUACCGGCGAAAAUGUAAACGUAUCGCAUAAUCCAGAUGUUCGAGAUGGCGAACCAUACUUACUGCGAAGCUUCCCAACCAAAUCGUCACCCUUCAUUGGAUUGCAUUUCACACGAAGGAAUCUUUUGCUGGCCGUUGGCCUGUUCGAUAGCAAUAGCAACAAUCAUUUAAAAGAUUUUCAUUUACAUUAACCGUUUAUACGUAAAGACUAUCACUUUGCAAUCAUUUCUUUAAACAAACAAACAAAAACUCACACGAUCAUUAUAUUGACAUUGAAUUGAUUCAAUCAACUGAACUGAAACAAAAACAACAACAAAAUAUAAACGCAUUUCCAUACAACAACAAACGAAAAACAAUACAAAAAAGAACAAUUAUAAUAAUACCACUAUUGACGUGCUGUUGUGUGCAGACGCUACGCAUUUCGAGAUUUAAGUCGACUUUAUUGAGAGAAGGACAAGUUUGCGAGAAUUCAUAAGUUUUUUUUCUCGUAAUACGAUUUAGGUAGUACAAUUCCUUUUCUUCGGAAUAAAACAAUUAUUUUCAACAAUUGAA